AUGAGUACACUAACUGGAUUCAUCAACAAUAGAUCAACAAAUAUGGUGCAAGUUUCUGGAGGUCUUCAAAAUGGAAAAAGAACGCCGUACAAUGGAUUGCACAAAGCUGUGACGAGAAAUGACCAGUCCAAAUCUUCGUACGAGCAAGUUCCGUUGCAUACUGCUUGUUUCACCUAUCUUGGGUUCUAUUUGUUGAUGAUACUAGGAUACAUAAACCAACUGUUCUUUACACCAAAAGUUGCUACUGAAAAGCAUAGAGACGGUUAUGUGCCACUGUACGAUGCGUUCGAAAAGUUUUAUCUACGCUAUGUGUACAGACGCGUGAAAGAUUGUUGGAACAGACCUAUUUGCAGUGUUCCAGGUUCAGAAGUCGUCCUGAAGGAUAGAAUCACGAAAGACUAUGGCUGGUCGUUUGAAUUUACGGGAACGGAAACAAAGUGUCUGAAUUUGGGUUCCUACAACUAUCUUGGUUUUGCGCAAAAUGAAGGUCCGUGUGCUGAUGAUUCCGAAGAAUGUAUUCGAACUCACGGUUUAGCCGCUUGCAGUCCACGUAGGGAAUUGGGAACAAAUCCUUUGCAUACUGAGCUAGAGGCGCUGACUGCAAAAUUUUUGGGCGUCCAGGAUGCUAUCGUAUUUGGCAUGGGAUUUGCCACCAAUUCUUUGAACAUUCCUACAUUGAUUUCACCGGGCUGUCUAGUUGUUAGCGACGAGAAGAAUCAUGCUUCAAUCAUUUUAGGGUUAAGACUAUCUGGAGCCACGCCAAAGGUUUUUAAGCAUAAUAAUAUGAAUGAUCUUGAACGUGUUUUACGGGAUUCCAUAAUAGCUGGACAACCUGGCAGCGGUAAACCAUGGAAAAAGAUUCUUAUUAUUGUGGAAGGUGUUUUCAGUAUGGAAGGUUCAAUAGUGAAGCUUCCAGAGAUUGUUGAAUUAAAAAAGAAGUACAAAGCCUAUAUCUAUUUGGACGAAGCUCACAGCAUUGGUGCCACUGGACCAUCAGGACGCGGGGUUUUGGACUAUUAUGGUGUUAACCCGAACGAUAUAGACAUUUUAAUGGGCACAUUUACGAAAAGCUUUGGGUCUGCUGGAGGUUACAUUGCAGGAAAUAAGAAACUUAUCAAUUUUCUAAGAGUACAUAGCCACGCACACUGCUAUGCUAGUUCCAUGUCCCCGCCCGUGACUCAACAAAUUUUAACGUCAAUGAAAAUAAUUCUUGGAAUGGACGGAUCGUCUGAAGGCAAGAAUCGUAUUUCACAAUUAGCAAGGAAUACGCGCUACUUUAGGAAACGUCUGGCUCAAAUCGGAGUUAUUACUUAUGGACACGAAGAUUCCCCAGUAGUUCCCAUGCUUGUGUACCUGUUUUCCAAGAUUGGGGCCGUAGUAAGAACAUUAACCGCUAAGAAUAUUGCCGUCGUUGGCGUUGGUUUUCCUGCUACACCAAUCAUGGAAGGUCGUAUUCGUUUUUGCUUGUCGGCUGCACAUACAAAAGAACAAUUAGAUUACGCCCUUGCGGUUAUUGACAAUAUAAGCGAUACGUUGGGUCUAAAGUACUCUCGCAAAGCUAAAAGUAUUAAUCCCAUAGAGUAUUAG